CUUCAUGGAGCCAGCUUGCUUGUGUCAUCCCUGAUGGGAGGUGCCCAUGACAGGGUGCAAUGCUUUGUUGGCCUCAUUGGACUCUACUUUUAUUGUGCUUUAUUGAACAUUCCCUGCAUUAAUGCAAAAACAUUUACCUUUUAGAAGUCAGAGGUGAGAAAUGGAGUCGAUAUAUCUUCAGAAGUGCCUUGGGACAUGUCUAACUCAAGGUCUUGCAGAAGUGGCAAGAAUUCGCCCAGUGGAUCCAAUAGAAUAUUUAGCAUUGUGGAUUUACAAAUAUAAGGAAAAUGUGACCACGGAGCAACUGAGACAGAAGGAAAUGGUCGACUUGGAGCGUGAGAGAGAACUAGCUGUGAUAGAGCAGGAAAUGAUGGAGAGGCUCAAAGCAGAGGAGCUCCUGUUCCAGCAGCAACAGCUGGAGUUCCAGCUGGAGUUGGAAAUGCAAGAGAAAGAGAGACAAAGAAUAGAAGAACUACAGACAGCUCAAGAACAAUUAGAGACGGAGAUGAGAAUGAAUAUAGAAAAUAUAGCUAAGAGUGAAGAUAGUUCACAUUCAGAGGAUGUAACAUCAGACUCAGGCAAAACACUAGCUGAAAUUAGUGAUCGAUAUGGGGCACCUAACCUGAGCAGAGUGGAAGAACUUGAUGAGCCGAUACUAUCUGAUGUUGCAUUAAACAUUGAUCAAGAUUUGUAGGAUCAACAAACCUAAGAGCAAUAAAUGUUUCUGCUUGUUUCAAGUUUCAAAACAUGAGGUUCUCAAUUGUAUUUUUUUCCCCUCUAAAGUCAGCUUUAUAAAUGGGCUUCAUGGGUAGCCUUAAAAGGUUGUUUUGGAUUCCCCAAUGCAACUGGUUAUUCGUAGGAUUCCUCUGAGGCAGGAGAGAGAGUUGGCCCAAACAAUGGAAAGGGGCAAAUGAGAGAUGAGCUGAAAAGAAUGUGUGCAUCUGCGUGAGAACAAAAUUGUUGAGGUGAAAGUUCUGGUCUGGGAGGAGUGAAAGGGGCUGCCACUGUGCAGGGCUCAGGAGUGUUCAACUUGCUUUAAAUCCUGCCUCCCCCCACCCCACCCGGAAGUGGACCACAAAGAUUUCCCCAGGUUGCUAGGCAGCAAUACUUUGUAGGACCAUUAAUCCAUGCUUAGUAAUGGGGCUGGAUGGGGAAGGAUGCAAAGUGCUGGGGUAGAGAGAAGCAGCCUCUCUUUGGGAGCAGCCAGUGGGCAAAAGUACUGGUGCUGCUAUUGAGGGGAGCUCUCGCUGGACACAGGCCAUGCAGGGGGCUUCCUUGAGUGGGCACUGGGUCAUCCGUGGGCCCUGGCAGCUCUCCUGGCUCCUCAGAAGUUUCAGGCCCAGCCUUAAACUUUAGGGAGAACAUUGCUUCCUUUAUAAAAUCCUUCCAAAUCUAAAUCUCUAUUAUGAAUCCUUUCUGUUCUUUAAGAAAGGGUAUAGACAUGGAGACAUAAAUGCCAGGAAGAGCCUUCUUAAAAAAAUAAUAAUUUGCUUCUGGUUAUGACAUACCUUUCCUGAGGCAAUGAGAAUAGAGCAGCCUAGUUGCUUAAACCAGAAGAGAAAAAGGGGGGGAAAUAUUGGUUUCAUUAAAAAGAAAUGUUAUCUUGCCUAUCAGUUCUGUAUGUUUUUUAGAAAAAAGUCCCAGGUGCCCUGGAGAGAUGGUUUCUGGGUCAGUCAAGCUAUCAGGCACUGUGCCUCCCAGCAUGGCUGACCUGUAUCCAUCUACCUGGGCAGGUGUGUCUAAGGGAGCAAGAGAGCACAGUGUCCCUCAGGCCCUAGGCUAUGAGGGCGCCCUCAUAGAGGGCUGGGGCUGGAAGGGCAGUCUCAGAGGACCCUUGAGCUCAGCAUAGCCCAGGCCAGUCCCAUGUUGGGGCUUGACAGCAAGAGUCUGUAUUGGCUAGUCACAGGGGGGAGUGCUGUGGUUCUGGGGUAGGGGGUAGUCUUGUUGGAAGUGCUUCCAGCCAGAUCUGGGCACAAGAGAGAGGAGGUAGAAUGGGGUGAAAAAGGAGAUGAAACUUUUUUUCUCAACUUUUCUCUAUACCUGGUAAUUUUUGAUUAGAUAUGAAUUCUAUCUUCUUGGGUGUUGGAUAUUUUUAUUCCUAUGAAUAUUUUUGUGCUUUGUUUCUGGAUGUCAUUAAGGUACUCAUAAAUAGUUUGAUCCUUUCCGGUCUUGCUUUUAAGCUCUGUUAAGUGGUACCAGAAGAGAAUGGAGUCUGGGGCUGGUUUUGCCCCACCAUCAAGGCAACACUCUCUGGGUGUACUACCCAAUGUUGAGUGAACUAUGAGAAUUUUCACUUCAGUUGUGGAAAGAUACACUUAUUUUUUUUUAAUUUUAUUUUUGAGCCAGUUUAUUGAGGUAGGAUUGACAGCAAGGGAAAUUAUUCCCAGCUCUCUUCAAGCCAUGGGUACACCCUCUAAUUGUUUCAGAGGUUCUUAGCUUAUCCUUUCCUCAUACCCAUGUGUUUGUUACUCAGCUGAUGACUUGGGGUGGGGGGGGACCCUCCGGAGGUAUCCCUGGACUCCCAGCUCUUUCUCCUUAUUCAAGGAGACCACCGGUCUUCCUGUAUGUUCUCCUCCCCUGCGAUAUAACUUGGCAACACUCACAAGGCUGUGCACUGGCCCAGCUAUAGGGAACACUCUGUUUCCCAUUCCUCAGAGCUCACUGUCAUUUGCUGUCUUAGGUUUGCUGUCCUAAGAGCUGUUGUCUCAUGUGUUUGUGCUGGUUUUUCAUUGUUUCACAUAUGAGGGCAAGUCCUGCCCCUGUUAGUCCACCUUUGCCUGAAACCAAAGUUCAAAUGCCACAGAAUUUUUCUCAUAAAAAUAACUGUUCGUCUUUGCUUUCUCCACUUUCCUAAUUUGGUGAAAUGUAACAUGAUUACUUUCUGAGAAGAAUUUGGGGGUAUAUAAUGACCUCUAUCUCUUAACUUGUUUGGAACCAGGCAGAAUGGGCCAAAUGGGAAUCAAAGAAUCAACUUUACAAACGCUAAAACUACAUCAGAGGAUGUACUUCGGACACCAGGCCGAAGCUCAGUAUCCUAUUCCUUCUGGCUAGUUUGAAGAAAAGCAGCUGGAGAAAUAUCAUUCUCUCUGGGUCAGCUGGAGAGCCUGCCCGAUCUGCUUCUCACAUCGGGGACAGGAGCACGGUGGGGCUGUGGCCAGUUCUGACCCCUGAGGCUUUCAGGAGCAAGAGUUCAGAGGCCAGGUUUACCCCUGACCCAUUCAUCCUUCUCUUGGGAGAAGGAAGAAAA